ACUACUACGACUCCCUCCCAGCCGUGGCACGUACGCCUCGUCCUCACUGACACACGGGCCCCGAAACACAGGGCCCCGCUCGCGGAUCCAACCACUGCACUCAUCACUGCGCUGCGCUCACUCCGAGCUGAGCUCGUUUCCUUUUGUUGGUUUGCCCGCGUCCAAUUUAUGGCGAUUUAAUGCGCCAGCGCAGCGACGAGGAGGAGCAGUGUGCAUCAAUGGCAUUCGCAGCCAUGGCCGGAUCCAUCUGAGCUCACUCCCACAUCCCCUGUCUCCUCCAUCCUUCCCGACCAGCUCUUCCACCCAUCGUCUCCGCCAUUUCUUUCUUUCCUAAUUCCUGGUAGGAAGGAAGCAGGGACCCGACCGGCGAGAGAGAGAGAGAGAGAUUUUCGUUCUUUUUUGUUUCUUCCUCCCCCAUCUUCCCGGCCAGCUCCUUUUUGGUCUGUCUCUCUCUCUCUCUCUCUCUCUGGUUAAUGGCGGCAGCGCUGCUGGCUGCUGCUGUCUGGUAACAGUACUGCCAGUACUGUCCCGACGCGUUGACUUCUCUGCUCCGCCAUUGAUUUUCGAGAUAGAUCGGAGCCAGCCAAGGGGAGGGAGGGGUUCCAAUUCAAAUCCACGCGCCGUCGCGUUGCUUGGAUUUACUCCUUCCUUUCUCCGCCGCACCAGCACAAGCACCUUGGGAGGGAGGCCAUGGUGGCCGAGCCGCUGGUGCACAAGGUGCUCGCCAUGGCCACCGCCACCCUCUCCAACAAGAAGGCCGGCAGGAAGGGGGACAGGGACGGCGCCGGCGGCAGGGUCGGCAUCCUGUCCUUCGAGCUGGCCAACGCCAUGUCGCGCGCCGCCAGCCUCCACCGCUCGCUCUCCGCCGCCGAGGCCGCCCGCCUGCUCGGCCCGCUCUGCCUCGGCUCCCACGCCGUCCGCGCGCUCGUCCCGGGCGACGACGCGCGCCUCCUCGCCCUCGCGCUUGCCGAGAAGCUCGACGCGCUCAACCGCGUCGCCGCCGUCGCCGCGCGCCUCGGCCGCCGCUGCGCCGCCCCGGCGCUCCAGGGCUUCGACCACGUCUACGCCGACCUCCUCGCCGGCCGCUCCCCUGCCUCGGCCUACCCCUUCUUCGCCCCCGCGUCUCAGUCCGAGGCGCAGCUCCUCCGGCAGCUCGACCGCCUCGCGUCCGCCACGGCCGCGCUCUACGCCGAGCUGGACGCGCUCGCCGACCUCGAGGAGUCGGCCCGCAAGCUCCCCACCGACGAGGCCCGCCGCGCGCUCCUGCAGCGCGCCCGCUGGCGGCGCCAGGACGCGCGCCGCCUCCGCGACGCCUCGCUCUGGGGCUGGACCUACGACAAGGCCGUGCUCCUGCUCGCGCGCGCCGUCUGCGCCGUCUACCACCGCAUCUGUCUCGUCUUCGGCGACCCCAUGCGCGGCCUCGACCUCCUCCUUGUCAGUGACGACCACAAGGACCGAGAGCACCAGCAGAGCAGCCAAUGCCACGACCAGAGCAGCCGGCAGCUCUUCUCCGGCCCGGUCACCUCCGCCAAGUCGGGACCGAUUAUUGACAGGCUCGCCGGCGACGCGGACCCGCCACAUCCAAGUCGGCUCCGGUCGAACUGCGGGGGGAACAUGUUCAUGGAGUGCCUGAGCCUGAGCAGCUCGGCGACAUGGAAGGACGACGACGGGCUGGACGAGGACGACGAGUCCUUCUUCUCCGGGGACGCGAGCAGCUGCAUCAGCGCGAUCAGGUCAGGGAUGCUGGUGGCGCCGCCGUCCAGCGGCGGCGAAGAGCACGACGCAGCCAAGAACGGCGCCGAGAGCAGAAGGAGGAGGUCUCACUCCCGCCGGCGGUUCGGGCCGAAGAGCACGGUGACCUCGCUGGCCCCGGCGUCGACGGUGGGCGGCUCGGCGCUGGCAUCACACUACGCCAACAUCAUCAUGAUCGUGGAGAAGCUGCUGCAGUACCCGCACCUGGUGGGCUCGGAGGCGCGCGACGACCUCUACGGGAUGCUGCCGUCGAGCCUCCGAUCCUCCCUCCGGAAACACCUCCCGAGGAACCUGGGCAUCUACGACGCGUUCCUGGCGCACGACUGGCGGGAGGCGCUGGAGAAGACGCUGGCCUGGCUGGCCCCCAUGGCGCACAACAUGAUGCGGUGGCAGGCCGACCGGAGCGUCGAGCAGCAGCAGAUGGAGGCCGUGCAGCAGCUCAGGGGCGGCAAUGGCAAUGGCAAUGGCAAUGUGCUGCUGCUGCAGACCUUGUACUUCGCCGACCGGGACAAGACGGAGGCGGUGCUCUGCGAGCUGCUGGUGGGGCUCAACUACAUCUGCCGCUACGAGCAGCAGCAGAGCGCGCUGCUCGACUGCUCCAGCAGCAUCGACUUGGACGACUGCACCGUGGAGCAGUGGCACGCCUCCAUGCAUCACUAGCAAGCAACUACGUAGCAAGGUUUUUCUUCUCCUUGAUGAUUUCUUUCUUUUUGUUUGUAAGUAGUGUGAGGAAACAAGCAAGCAAACAGAGGGUAGUGUUUUGGUUUGGGUUUCUCUGUCUUUCAUUUUUGUGCAUGCAUGCAUAUGCAUGGGUUCAGGACUUGAGAUAAGAUGAGAUGAGAUCAUCUAUCCAUUCACGAUGAAUGAAUGAAUGAAUGAAUAUAGGAUUGCCUCA